CGCAAAUCACAGAACCAAAAAGCACAAGCAAAAGCAAAAAAAAAAAAGAAUUAGAAAAACACAGUACGUACAAUUAAGAUGGAGAAGAUACGACUGGAUGCUUCAGCUUAUUAUAGAAGCUUGACACCUGCAGGAAAGCGAUGGGCACAGGAUGGGUUCGAUGCAAUGGAUAAAACUGGAAGUGGAAAAGUGAGCCUCAAGCAAUACUCGGAAUUUUUUAAACAAAGAGGGCUCGUAGAGCUUACUUAUCCCGAUUUGUUCAAAGCGUUGGAUACAAAUGGAGAUGGCACGCUCGAUUUCGAUGAAUAUAUCACUGUCUACUACCUCUGCAUGAACAAUAAACUGAUAUUUUGUGAAGCAUGCGGGGUCUUUCUCUCUGGAUCCUACAUGAGUUGCCAUCAAUGCUUCAAAUAUGGUUCUGGGGAUCCCUAUAACAUUUGUUAUGAUUGUUAUAGCAGAAACAAAUUUGAUCAUCAUAGGGAUGCUUACUUUGUCGAUAGUCAAAAACUCCAAUCCGCAGCUAAUAAAGCCUCCGCAGUUAAAAAAGGCACUGCAGUUAACAAUGGCUCCACAACUCGAAGCUCCUGUGGUAAGAUAACUACGGAGGAUAAGCUUAGAGCAGCUAUAUUAGGGGUCUCGAUGGUGAAAUUAGGAAUAAAAACUGGUAUUGCUGCGAACACAGCAUCGAACUUUGAGGACCAUGGAAGUAAUUUUGCUGAUGUCGCAUCCAAUGUUUUGGAUAUUUUGCUGAUGUCGCAUCCAAUGUUUUGGAUUUUGCUGAUGUCGCAUCCAAUGUUUUGGAUUUUGCUGAUGUCGCAUCCAAUGUUUUGGAUUUUGCUGAUGUCGCUGAGCAUUUAGUUACUGCUGCUGAAAUUGCAUCAAAUUGUUCUGUCAUGUAAAAUGUAUAUUUUGCAGCCUUCAACAAAAAAAGAGGGCUGUAUAACUUCAGUGCUUGGCUAUACCUCUUGUUGUUUUAAUUUCAUUUUAUAACUAGAUAAAAAGAUCGCGCAACGGGUGAGAUUGUUUUAUUAUUAUUUUCCAUUGUAAUCUUCUUGAUAAAUGAAAAAUCGCUGCAAUUUAAUUUUUAA